AUGCAAUCUUACAAAGGCGCUGAUUUCCUGGACGCUGGGAGUCUGUCCCGCUCUCGCAGUACCAGCUUCUCCAGCGACUCCCAACAUCCGCGAGUCAACCUCAUGUCUCCUCCCGCUGUUCGCCCACCGCCCGCCUUUAUUUCCUCGUCGGCCGCCUCGGAGAUUAUUACUUCGGAUCAAGAAUUCAACACGGCAGACUUUGGCUCGGAGCAAGAUGCGACGGGUGCGGGCGCCAAUGCACUGGUCACGCCCGAUGCGCUGUCCCUGCUGAAUGGAUUCCUGGACGACCUCCUGUUCAACAUCUUGGCCACCUCCCAAUCAACACAGUUGGCCAGUAUCCGGCCGGCGAUCGCGGAGGUACUCAAACCGCGGUUGGCAUCGGAGGUGGUUGCUACAGCGGACGAGGAAUUGUACGAAUACAUGGGAGGGACGGAAGACGAUCCAUCCGACUACCGAGGCGCAACUGAUCUAGAGAGCGACUUUGACCUGAUCCAUGCGUGGAAGUUGACUCGCUUGCGCUGUAUGGUGUAUACGCGACUAGGCGACCUGGAAGAGGAGGAUGAGGAUGAAUUCAUCGAGCAGGAAGGAUUGGGGGAGAGUAAUGGUGUGGGCCGCAGAUUUACAAGCCAUGUCGACAAAAUCACACCGGCAGCAGCCAUCUUCCUCACCUCAAUAAUUGAGCACAUUGGCGAGCGGGCCCUUGUCAUUGCGGGUGAGACGGCCCGAUCACGCCUGUCGUCUAAAUUGAAUAAUCGGGCUCGCGACGCUACGGAUCUGAGUCCUGAAGCGGAUGGUGAUGCCGAGUCUGAUCAGAACCGCAAGCGUAUCGACCGCCUCGUGGUGGAAGAUCUAGACAUGGAGAAGAUGGCAUUGAACGCCACUCUUGGGCGCCUGUGGCGGACGUGGAGAAAGCGCAGACGCAACGUAACCCUUUCACGCUCUCGAACCGUUUCGCGUGAAUCAUUCGCCCGCCGUGGCCCAACGCCUGUGCUAUCGGGAAGCCAGAAAAGCAGCUCUGUGGUUACAGACGACUGCAUCAGUCCUCGGGAGCGCCCAGCUAAGGACCUCCCGGCGCCCGUUGAUCCAACGCGCAUUCCUCUCCCAACCAAUGAUGAUCGGGAUAUCCUUGAGAUCGAAGUGCCCGAGUUGUCCUCGGAAAUGGAAGGCGAAGUGCAAACCAUGCAGGCCGUGGUGGCGCACAAGGUCCGACCGCGAAGUUUAAUGCUUCUGUCGUCUCCGUCUUUGGCAUCCAAAUUCGGGGACACACCUCGCAGUGCCGGUGCUAUCGAUAACAUGCAAUUCCGUCAGAUUCGUUGCAAAUCAUUACCCAGCGCAGCGGCAGCUCCUCUACGCCAGCCUGCGGAGCAGGACGAGGCCGCGGUGUGUCAGCCUUCACCUCCAUUAUCGGAGGACAAGACAUGGCUCGAGACUAUGUAUGAGGACGACGAAUCGAUGGAAUAUGUGGAUGCUACUGAGGUUCCGCCUGGAACUGCAAUCACCACAUCACAUCAAGAAGACGCUUUGGAUCCACCUAGCGCGCCAUCUCCUACAACUGGCACAAUGUCAAUGCUUCGAGAGGAGGACGAAAAUGCCCAGGCGACGAGCAUGGUACGCGCUCUCGACAACUCUAGUGAUCAGAUCGCUGCAUCCUUGCGCUCUCUGGAAGGCAAAGACCUUGCAAGUGAGCACGGUGCGCGCCUUCUGGCGACAUCUCUCAACAAUUCAUCUUCCGACAAUGUAGAUGUGCUCGACGGAAAACUUGAGUGUCAUGAAUCGGCAUCCACAAUGCACCAACCACGACGAGUCCCCAGCCGAAGAUCGUCCGCUAUCAAUGCACCGACGAUCAUUGAAGAGACGAGUGAGGGUGAAAUGCCACUAACCAUCAAUCGGGCGAUCGAAGCGCAAGGGGGUCCAGCCUCUCCCGGCGCCACCAUCGAAAUUAUCGACUCUGACCGCGGGGCACAGGCCUCGGAGCACGCCGGUCGCAAUAUAUCUGUCGUAUCUUCUGAGGUCCCCGACGCGGUGACAAGUGACGAUGCAACACGGCACAUGCCCCGCCAGCCGAUUCAAGAACAGUCUUUUGACUUUUCUCAAACCGACCGCCAGUCUCACGAGUCCAUCGUGAAUGAAUUGCCAAUCGUUCAUGAAAUUUCCCGUCCUGCAUCAGCAGCCGAUAGCGAGCGUUCACAGCGGUCUGCACGGCACCAGGCAAGCACGCUCCUAGGCAAUUCAAGCAAUCGCACAUCGACGCAAAUCGAGCAGCGUGCUGCUGUACAGCGAAUGCCUCGACCAACGCCGUCUAUCGCCACUUCGAUCAAGUCGUCCUCGAGUCGCUCUGGCAGUGUCAGCAGCGCCCGUGAGAAGCGCCCAGGCGCAUCCACUUCGCCAACUUCUCAGGUUUCUAGCAAACUCAAGGGCCUGGUCACUCGUCCUCAGAGCGACUCGCCAUCACUUCGCGUCCGUAGUUCGUCUGAAACAAGUCGCGCAUCCGGCAGUGCCGGUUCUUUGGAGAACGACUCCAGCGACCUCGACAAGCUGAUUAAUAGCGACGAAACAAUUCACUUCACUCUCACACCGCGAAGUGUUCGAGAGAUGAGUUUCCCGGAGCCUUCCCGUCAUAUUCCCCGUUCCUCCUUGUCAAACACUGCCGGCCUUGCGGAUGUGAUCAGGAACACGGGGCCAAAUCACGAGAGGUCACGAACGCGAGGUUCGAUUUCUUCACGACAUGCCACCGAGACCACCUCUUCUGGGUCCUCAAAAGCGCUUGAAUCGCCGAGGCAUAUUCCAAUCGCUUCCCGAAUGGUCCUGCCGCCCAAAUCUCCCGCACGGGAGAUUGCGCGUACGGCGAGUAGUCCAACCGUCGUGACCGACUUUGCGGAUUCGCGGACGACAGAUGGCGCUACGAGCGCGCAUACGCAGCAGCCAACGUCUCCGGUUCGCCCUUCGUCUGGCUUCUCCACCAACACCACAAACACCGCUCGCUCCAAUCCUAAUCGGCCCCGUUUGCAGGCUCGUCCUGCGGAAACCGGAGGUUCGCAAACUUCGGAUCUCAUUGAUUUCAUUCGUGAAGGUCCACCAUUGCCGGGCGCGCAUCGGAUUCCGCGUACUGUGGCACCAUUCCGCAACACCAUUGACUCGGAAGACCUUCACUACGAUCACUCGCCGGAAAAGGACCAGACCAGCUCUUUUGCCAGUACCCGGGACGAGUCCGAUCCCAACAAGUCGUUGACUUCUCUGGGCUCCCGGACCAGGUUGCUAGACUCGAGCAAUCCCCCGGACGAUCACAACAAAGACGCGCCUGCGAAGUUCUCAAUGCAAGAUGACGAUCGCCCUGUGCCGGUACGCAGGCAAAAGCGCAUUCCUGGCCGGGCUCCGGAUCCGUAUGCGAUUGAUGAUGAUGACGACGAUGAGUACCUGGAAGAGCUACUCAAUGAGAAGCCACCUCAACGCGAGGAAGAAAGUUUGCUUGACUUCUUGCGCAGCGAACCACCCCCCGACUUUUCGCAGCAACAGGCUCAGCCUCAGCCUCAGCCCUCCCACAACGUUGCCCCACCUCCCAAGGCCAGUGGCAUGGGAAUGAGAUCGCGACUCAUGCGAGGCUCUUCAUCUGGCGAACGCGCCCCCUCUUCUAAGAUGUCAAUCAGCUCUCUUCGUUCGCAGAUGUCCCUUAGCUCCCAACAGGGACAGCAAUCAAACUACUCGUACAAGGUUGGCAUGGCACGCAACCCGGGCGUUGUCCCAUCUUCGGCUUCCCGUCAAACAGACACAUCUGCACUCGCGGACUUUCUUCGCAACACAGGUCCCGCUGAGCCACCAGUCGGGCGUGACAUGGGUGUGAAAGAGAAGGAAACCGGUUUUUCGCGCUUCUUCGCCCGCCGCAAGAAGGUCGAGGCAUGA